AUGGACGGAUUUGUUCCAGUCAAUACGGACAUCCUCAUCGCCGGAGGGGGUACCACUGGCCUCGUGGUUGCCACUCGACUCGCGAAAGCUAACCCUCAUCUCUCCAUCACGGUUCUUGAAUCCGGUAUCGGCGUCCGUGAUGACCCGUCAAUUGUGCAUCCCGCCCUCUAUCUCUCAAACAUUUUGCCAGGCUCCAAAACUGCGACAUUCUACACGUCUAAAAGCAGUGAAUCACUCGCAGGAAGGGAGUUGGUCAUUCCUACAGGCGGCUGCCUUGGAGGCGGAAGUUCGAUCAAUUUCAUGGUUUAUUCACGGCCUCAGAUGAUUGAUUUUGACGACUGGAAAACGGAAGGUUGGAGGGGAGAAGAUAUGGUUCCCUUUCUUAAGGUCUAUGAGAAUUUCCAGGAUCACGAUCCUGGGAUCGAUAAAAGUUUGCACGGAUAUGGUGGCGAAUUCAGCAUAUCUCCCGGAACAAAUGCUCAAACCACUUUCCAGGAAGACUAUUUCGAAGCCUGCAGACAGAUUGGUAUUCCACAAGUACCGGAUGUACAAAACUUGAAGACUUCACAUGCUGUCGGGCGGUGGAACAUGUGGGUAGAUCAGAAGACCGGCCGGAGACAGGACGUGCCUCAUCGACUUCUCUACCCGCUCUUAGACGCGUACAAAACCGGACUCCAGGUGUUUACCAAUAUUAAAGUUGUGCGGGUCUUGUUCAACGAGCAGAAAAGGGCCACAGGUGUUGAGUACGUUCCGGUUGGACCUGAUUCUCACGCAAAGCCGUCUGUCAUUAACGCUACAAAACUCGUCGUCCUCGCUAGUGGGACGUUCGGCACUCCGCAGAUUUUACAACGUUCUGGGGUUGGCGAUGCCCAUCGGCUUUCAAAACUCGGCAUUAACGUUGUCUCCAAUCUGCCCGGCGUUGGUCAGAACUAUCAAGAUCACCAUGUGAUAUUCUACCCAUACAGAUCUGCUGCUGGUCCCUCAGAAACAAUCGACGGAAUUAUCAGCGGCCGUUUCACUCUUGAAUCGGCACUCGAGCAAAAGAAGGCUCAGCCCACUCGCUACCUGCUGGGCUGGAACGGGCUCGAUUGUGUUGGUAAAAUCCGACCCUCUGCCGGUGAUGAAGAGCUUCUGGGACCCGAACUCAGGGAACUUUGGGAACGUGAUUACCGACCUCGCCCGACACGGCCCCUGAUGCUAAUGUCUUCCCUGGCAGCGUUCGUUGGAGAUCACACUGGUAUCCCCCCUGGUCAACAUUUCAGUCUAGGACCUUACACGCCGUACCCUUACUCCCGUGGGUCAAUACAUAUUACGGGCCCCACGGUUUCAGAUCCGCCUGACUUUGAUUGUGGGUUCCUGAACCAUCCAGCUGAUAUCCAGAAGCUCCUGUGGGGAUACAAGAAGCAGAGAGAGAUUGCACGGCUCAUGACGCAUUAUCGCGGUGCCCUAGAAGUUGGACAUCCCGUCUUCUCUAAGGAGUCGAAGGCAGGAUUCAAAUUUGUCGACGACCAAGACCGGAAGACCGGGCGCUAUCAGCCAAUCGAAUAUUCCGAGAAAGAUGACCAGGCGAUUGAGCUAUUUAUUCGGCAGAAUGUCAGCACCGCAUGGCACAGUAUGGGAACAUGUGCGAUGAAGACAAAGGAGCAAGGUGGGGUGGUGGACCCGGGACUGAACGUCUUUGGAGUCCAGGGACUGAAGGUUGUUGAUCUAUCAAUUUGCCCGUCCAACGUCUCCGCCAACACGUAUGCGACCGCACUUACGGUCGGCCACAAGGCCGCCUCUAUUAUUGCGGAAGAAUUGGGCCUGUCUUAUCCUAUCUAA